UAAUCGAACGAACAAAGUAAAUAGGAGUGCAACAGGUUCAGCAACAGCUGUUAUAAUUAAAAGUUUAAAUAUCGAGAAUGAUGCGUACAAAGUUAUUAAGCUUGGUGCCGCGUGCCACAGUUGCUUGCAGGCACAUGUCCAGUGCCACAAAGCUAACAACUGUGGAAGUCAAUGAUAAAACUGGCAUUGCAACACUUACCAUGAAUAGGCCGCCUGUAAAUGGACUCAAUUUGGAAUUGCUGCGCGACCUUCAGCAAUCAAUUGAGGAAAUAGAAGGCAACAAAAGUUGCGGAUUGAUACUGACAUCGUCAAAUCCAACAAUAUUCUCCGCGGGUUUGGACAUCCUCGAAAUGUAUAAGCCGGACAAGGAACGGAUUCGUGCAUUUUGGACUCAAUUGCAGGAUGUUUGGUUGGCACUUUAUGGCAGCAGUGUGCCAACAGCAGCUGCCAUUAAUGGCCAUUCCCCUGCCGGCGGCUGUUUGUUGGCUGCCAGCUGUGAAUAUCGCGUCAUGCUGCCAAAAUUCACAAUUGGCUUGAACGAAACUCAACUUGGAAUUGUGGCACCCCAAUGGUUUAUGUCCACUUACCUCAGUAUCCUGCCGCGCCGAGAGGCUGAACGUUCCCUAAACCAGGGACGAAUGUUCACCACAGAGGAAGCACUGCGUGUCGGCUUGGUCGAUGAGAUUGCCAGCAGCAAGGAGGAGGCCUUGGCCAAGUGUGCUGAUUUUAUUGCUACAUUCGCCAAAGUCAAUCCGUUGGCGCGCUCCUUGACCAAGCAACAGUUUAGAUCGGCUGACUUGCAACAGUUGGAAAAUGAACGUGUCCAAGAUUUGGAGAAGUUUUUGUUCUUUAUUAACCAGCCAGCUGUUCAGAAGGGUCUGGGCAUCUAUCUGGAAAGUCUGAAAAAGAAGUCCAAGAACUGAAAUGGAUAUCUUAUGCAUUUGUAGAUUCUUUUACUCACAGUUUUUAUACACACAUGUAUAUAAGAAAAAGUUAAUAAAUAAUUCUGCAUGCUUGCAUUGGGUUUA